GUUUCGGUUCCUCACUAGAACGUUAAGAUGGCCUACACGACUCAUCAUAUGGCUGUUCUUCCUAACGCUUCCACUGACCAUAUUUCCUAUUUUCUUCGGCACCAUCAACGGCAUUUCUUUCACGCUUUGGUACCAAAAACACAUUGACGAUAAUACCAACAAGCUACUGGAAGAUAUGAAGGACGUUCUGGAGGAUUGGGGUGUAGGAGGAGAUGCGCCAUCAUUUCGCAAGUUCAUGGACACUUACAACGAUUUCCACCUGGUGAGGGUCAACAGCAACGAUUGGUUGCAUAAGCUCGGUUUCGUCCUUCCACGCGAGUACAGCAGUCCCAACGAUCUCACCAUUCCCAUCGACAAGCACGCAAAUCUUGAAACCCUCAUGCGGGAUACUUCUUGUCGCACCCAUGCUGGAAAACCCCGCGAACAGUGGUUGUACCUUUCUAAUCUGGCGUUUCCGGGAUUUAACACUUGGGACACGGCUUUCAACGGUGUGCUGGAGUACGUCCAUGCUCAUCCGACUUUGAAUGAGAGCGGCUUUCACUUCGCCAUGUGUGGCGAUACUGCAAGUUUCCUGUGCGGCGUCUGGUCCACCCAGAGUCCAGCGCUAUUACAUUUCCAGGUCGAGGAUGGUCCCCCAAACCCAGAAGACCUAGAGGAAGGUCUCACGUACUCGGCUCAAUGGAGACACCUUCGUCCGGUAACAGUCAGGCUUAUCGAGUUCCCCCUGAAGGAUGAGUUUACUGGCCUGCCCAUAUCCACUUUUCCUAGUCCUAAGCAGCAGAUGCUGUCCAUGGUGGCUGGAGACCGGCUGUACGAACAAAUCGAACCUUACGACUCCUGGGUGCAGACGGGAAAGAGAUUCUCCGAAUACGUCGAGAAGUCAUACAAAACACCAGGCACUGUGCUCCACUACGUGGACAAUGUCGACGAGUGGAUGAUAGAACAUGUGACGAAACCUUUAGGUGUCGAAACUGGGCUAGUGGUUAUAAGCCAAUUCGUUUUUCAGGUCUCCAUACUUGGCUCGAGUCUUGUUUGUUCUACGAUUCGGAGCAUCUCUUACCUGAUCGACAGUUUUCUCGGCCGACCAGGGCUUGGAGAUCAGGCUCUGGCCGAACUCAACGUGGAUCAAGACCCGGAAGAAGAUUUCUGGGCAAACUUAAAGAAAGAUUUGAACGAAGUGAUAGCAGAGUCGAAACGUCGCAAGGCAGAGGAGCAGAGUUCAUCUGGAAAUCCGGACACGUCAAUGACCAUCACUACAACUUGAAGCAUCAUUGUAUCGGUCAAGUGGCUUGCUAGGGGCGCAAAAUCGCUUUGGUUGUGGUACGACCAUUGAAUAGAGACGAAAUAAUCGACUAGGAUACAUAGGAGCAAUUUCCACCACUUCCAACCAGCAGUUUAGUCAUUCUGAAAGAAGCAGAUGCAAACCCACCAUGAGUCACGUUCACUGCUUCAAAGUGUUUCUUCGACCAAGCCCGCUUACCAUGUCUUGCAGCCACAGUGGCCAUGUUCGGAUUGAAGUCCACAUCUCGGCCCCUGCCGGGACAAC